AUGCUGAAACAAAGUACUGGAAAGAAACCGCACAUUUUCAGGAAAUAUGGGCAAUGCUUCAAGAUAUACUCAAGCUUCAGUAGAUAUCAGAAUGAUCAUACUUCAGAGAAAUUCUAUAAAUGUAUAAAAUGUCGUAAAUCCUUUCUGCAUUUAUCACAGCUCAAAGUACAUUACAAAAUUCAUUAUAGACAAUAUCCUUGCAAAUGUACAGCAUGUAGUAAGUGCUUUUAUCAUACAUUUGGCUUCAAAAGACAUUACAGCAUCCACCCUGAAGUAAAUACUUACAAAAGCAGUGAUUGUGACAAAUCAUUUAUCUACUACUCAAGUCUUAGAAAACAUCAGAAAAUUUUUGGAGGAGAGAGACACUAUGAAUGUAAUGAAGGUCUGAGGUCACUCUAUACAGUCUUUCAACCUGUGUACUAUUAUAUACCACAUAUAGGAGAGAAAGCUUACAAAUGUAGCGAAUGUGAGAAAUGCUUUACCCGGAAAUACCACCUGACAGUCCACCAGAGAAUCCAUACAGGAGAGAAACCUUACAAAUGUGGUGAAUGUGACAAAUGCUUUACCCGGAAAUACCAUCUGACAGAUCAUCAGAGAAUUCAUACAGGAGAGAAACCUUACAAAUGUAGUGAAUGUGAGAAAUGCUUCACUCGGAAAUACCAUCUGACAGAUCAUCAGAGAAUUCAUACAGUAGAGAAACCUUAUAAAUGUAGUGAAUGUGGCAUGUCUUUUAUGAAGAAAUACCAUCUUAGAAGUCAUCAAAGUAUUCAUACAGGAGAAAAACCUUACAAUUGUAGUGAGUGUGACAAAGGCUUUACCUACAAAGGCCAUCUUAGAAGACAUCAGAAAAUUCAUACAGGUGAGAAACCUUACAAAUGUAGUGAAUGUGCCAAAUGCUUUACUGAGAACAGCAAACUUAGAAGACAUCAAAGAAUUCAUACAGGAGAGAAUCUUUACAAAUGUAGUGAAUGUGACAGAUGCUUUAUUGAGAACAACAAACUUAGAAGUCAUCAGAAAGUUCAUAUAGGAGAGAAACCAUACAAAUAUAGUGAAUAUGAUAAGUGCCUUACUCAGAAAGGCAGUCUUAGAAGUCAUCAAUUAUUUCAUACAGGAGAGAAACCUUACUGAUGCAAUAAAUGUGACAGAUCUGUUAGCUGGAAAUAUUAUCUUAUGGUUUAUGAAAGAAUUCAUACAUGAGAGAAACCUUACAAAUGUAGUGAAUGUGACAAAUGAUUUUCAGUAAAAGCUCUCUUAGAAAAACCAUACAGGAGAGAAACAUUACAGAUGAGGUGAAUGGACAAAUCUUUUACCAUAAAUGCCAUCUUAGAUGUCAUCAAAGAAUUCAUACUGAAGAGAAACAUUUAUCAGAGACACAGUUGUUACUAAGAACAGUUAUUGCAAAGCAAGUGUAAAUAAAAGGCCUGUAAAAAGCUACAUCUGAAACCUGUUUGUAUUUUAAUUUGGAGUCUGCUCACAAAGCAAACCUGUUUGCCUUUUUUAACAAGAGAUCUAGUGGUUUUAACUAUUAAAUUAAUCAUUAAACUAACAUAGUACUGGAUUACCUUGAUUUAAGGAGAUAGUUGCCUGUUGUCCAUCUCUUAAGCUACAAGAAGCCUUCAAUGUGAUUAGAGAACUUGAAGAAGGAUAAAUUAUAGUAAACUGGCUAUACAUAAAGU